AUGAAGACUGUUUCGGGCAAAGUCGAAUCUACGAAGCCAGUCUCUCUCUCUAAAGCAGCGAAAAUUUUGUCCAAUUUCGUUUCCUUCGACAAUGGAGCUCCUCAUGCCGUGUCUGUAUAUCUCAGACGCGCUUCGGCCUCAUUCAAUGACUUGGUUCAGUUCCACAAAGAACUUAAAGCUAAGCAAUCCGAUCGCAAGCACAAGAAGCAUCGGCAUAGCAAUAUAAGCGAUGAAACCUCGAUGAAGGUUGAGCAAAAUUCACAAGAAGCUGCAGAAGAGAGUGUCCAAAAAGUGGAGCAUAGAGGGAAACGCAGGGAAAACGAAAACCCGAUAAACGUUGAGCAGAACCCAUAUGAAGUUGAAGAAGAUAGGGUCAGAAAUUUGGAAAGUAGUGGCAAACACAAGAAAUAUGAGAAUGCGGUAAGGAUCGGGAAAAACCCAGAUGAAGCUGAAGAAGAAAGACUAGAAAAUGUGAAGCAUAGUCGCAGACACAAGAAAGAGAAAAACCGAAUCGAGAAUGAGCAGAAUUCAUAUGAAGUUGAAGACGGUAGAGUUGGAAAUGGGGAGGGCAAUGCCGGGAACAGAGAUAAGAAGAAAAAGAAAAAGGAUGAUUAUGAUGAUGCAGUUGUGGGUAGUUUUGAAGUAGAGGAGGAAAACAGGAAGAAGAGGAAGACCCGGGAGGUUGAUGAGAUGGAGAUUGUUGGUUUAGCUGAGCAGAGUGGCUUGAAGAAGAAGAAGAAGAAAAGGAGGAGGGAAAUUGGAGGAGAUGAGUAGUGGUAACUCAUUUUUCUGCAUUGUUGUGGCUAUUGUUACUUGAUAGUUGAUUAAAGAAGCUUUUACUUUUCUGCAAUCAAUGGGUUGUGGAUCAUUUGAAAAUUUGGUGGUGGUAAUCUCUGGUGAUCGAUGUUCCUGCAUUUUUCUGGAUGUUUGUUAUUUUAUGAUGAUUGAAGGGGGUAUUAUUCUUGAGCAAUUUGAUGGGUUGUUGGAGAUGAGUAGUGGUGUUCGAUGUUUCUGCAUUGUAGCUCUUAUUAAUUUAUAGAUGAUCUAAGGAGGGUUUGUUUUUGAGCAAUUAUAGGGGGAUCUCUAGGAAGUUUGGUGGUGGUAAUGUCUUUCAUGUAAUACUAGAGAAAUUUUGUACCUUUUAACAGUCACCAGAUUUAAAUGUCAGAAUAUAUUUUUUAUGUGGUUAAUGAAAUGCUCC